AUGAAAAGCUCUGGUUUUGCCCUCUGCCUGCUCCCUGCUAUAUUUUGUCUCUUUUGGACUCUUUCUACUGGGCAGAAGAUACUGCAUUUGGGAAAAUGCGUGAUUUCCACACACCUUCAGAAACUAAGAAACGAAUUUUCUGAGAUACGGACCAGUGUGCAAGCUCAAGACAAAAACACUGACAUCAGGAUUUUGAGGAGAUCGGAGUCUUUACAAGACACCAAGCAAUCAGAUCAGUGCUGCCUCCUCCGUCACUUACUAAGACUCUACUUGAGCAGAGUUUUCAGAAACUACAAGACUUCUGACCACCACACACUCCGGAAGAUCAGCAGUCUCGCCAAUUCCUUUCUUACCAUCAAGAAUGGCCUCCGGCUCUGCCAUGACAAAAUGGCAUGCCACUGUGGAGAAGAAGCAGAGGAGAAAUUCAGCCAGAUUCUGAAUCUCUUCGGAGAGCUGGAGCCUCAGGCAGCUGUGGUGAAAGCCUUGGGGGAGCUCGACAUUCUCCUGCAAUGGAUGGAAGGGACAAGGCAGGAGAAAAGGGAUGUUGUUGAGAGCAUUCCUGGCUAA